AGAAACCUGUGCAGCUACAUCAAGGAGAUAUGCGGCCCAAGAAAGCGAAAUCCAUUUUCACUCCCUGUUGCAGUUGAUCUUAUGCUUCAAAUUGCUAGAGGAAUGGAAUAUCUUCACUCAAAAAAGAUCUACCAUGGUGAUCUGAAUCCCUCCAAUGUUCUUGUUAAAUCAAGAGGCAGCUGUACAGUUGAAGGCAGCUGUACAGUUGAGUACCUGCAUGCAAAGAUAUCUGGAUUCACCCUAUCUUCCAUCAAGAACGUCAGCCACAGAAGCCCUUCCAGUCAGAAUGAGACCCCCUCAUUCAUCUGGUAUGCACCAGAAGUUCUAGAAGAGCAAGAGCAGAUGGGCAGUGCAGGGAAUUCCAAGUAUACAGAAAAAUCUGAUGUCUACAGCUUUGGAAUGAUAUGUUUUGAGCUUCUGACUGGAAAAGUUCCUUUUGAAGAUAGUCAUCUCCAAGGAGAGAAGAUGAGCAGAAAUAUAAGGGCAGGGGAGAGGCCGCUGUUCCCACUAUCUUCACCAAAAUAUGUCACAAGCCUGACAAAGAGAUGUUGGCAUACAGACCCAAGUCAACGGCCGAGCUUUUCUUCAAUCUGUAGAAUUCUUCGCUACAUAAAAAGAUUCCUAUUGGUGAACCCUGAUUACAGUGGCCAGCCAGACCCAGCAGUAGCUCUGGUAGAUUAUUGUGAUAUUGAAUCAAAGCUUUUGCGGAAAUUCCCUUCCUGGGAGACUUCAGAUUCAUUGCAAAUUUCCCAAGUUCCAUUCCAGAUGUUUGUUUACAGGGUUGUUGAAAAAGAGAAAACAAGUACAAGUCUGAGAGAUACUUCAGAAUCAGGUAGUGAUAAGGCUUCUGUUAGUGGGGAUGAAAAUGGGACAGCAGUUGAUGAAUCCUUCCCGCCGACGAACGAAAGGAGGCUCUCAACUUCAAUUGAAGCUAUGAACAAGAGGUCUUCUUCGUUGAAAAGAUCUCCAGACGUGAAAACAAGUAAACAACCAGGGACACCAAGAGGAAGAUCAGUAAGACCUCCACAGAUUACCCCUUGCGGUCGUAGUUUACGAAUGAGCUCAGAAAGCCAGCUAAUGUUGAUGAGUCCAAAAAUGAGGAGAUCAGGGUCUGGUCAUGCCUCAGAUUCUGAGCUUCCAUAAACCUCAGAUGAAAAAAAUGAAGUACUCCAACAUCCCGAGAUGGUUUUCCUGGAUCAGUUGUUGACGGUAUGUUAAGGAAAAUGUUUGUAUAGAUGCCAGACAUUUGAGAUCAA